AGCAGCCCUUUGUUUCAAGCUUGUGACCCGCCAAUCUCAGACAAGAAGUUUGGCGAGCCAUGGGGGCGAACAUGUGCAAGGUGGAUGGUCAGGUCAGCAAAUGUGAGGUGGUCGUGAACAAUGGCAACCCCUUGCACAUGAAGAAGAUGGACGCGCGACCCGAGCUGGCACGUGCACCACCGAGCCUGCAAGACUUCAAGGGCACCCCAAGCAAAGGUGCGAGCAAGACAGGUCUGUUCGAGGAUGCGGAGUUCCCAGCCACCAAUGCAAGCAUCGGCGGCGUUACAGGGGAUGCUGCCAACCCCAACGUGGCGCAGUACUUGGAAGAGAUGAUGAAGUUGGUGGUGCCGGGCUGGGCGCGUCCCCGUCAGAUGGUCGGGAAAGAGGCUGGCGAGUACAAACUCUUUGCCACAGAAGGCGAGCCCUGCCUCUUUGCCCGCGUUUCCCCACGUGACAUCCAGCAAGGCUACUUGGGCGAUUGCUGGCUGGUCAGCUCAAUGGCGACUCUGGCAGAGUAUCCGGACCGAGUGCGGUCGCUGUUCAAGCAGAACACCCUCACGGAAGAUGGGCGCUACGACGUGAGGCUGUACGACCCGACGUCAGAAGAGUGGAAGGUGGUGACCAUCGACGACCGCCUGCCAUUCUGGCAGCGCCCAGGCAAGCACGGCAACCUGUGCUUUGCCAAGCAGACCAAGGAGAACGAGUUCUGGCCUUGCUUGCUGGAGAAGGCAGUUGCCAAGUUUGUGAUGUCCUAUCACCGGAUUGACGGUGGCUUUGAGUCAGUGGCCAUGGAGAUGCUGACGGGCAAGCCCUCCGUGUGCGUUGGGCUGAGCCAAGUGCCUGGUGGCGCGCAUGCCCCAUAUGCACUGCUUUGCGGGCAGACGCCUCAGACGGCCAAGCACGCCACCGUGUUAAUGCGCAAGGAGGCCUACGACGCACACUGGGGCUACUGGGGUCAGGAUGCUUCCGCCCUUCUGGGUGGCAAGAAGCAGCUCAGCGAUGACGAGCUUUGGGACAUGCUGAAGGACUGGGAUAAGGUCGGCUACAGCUUGGCCUGCGGUUCGCGCUGCGCCUACAAGGGCAUCCUGCAGGGUCAUGCCUACACUGUCCUCAGGCUGCUCGACGUGCCGAUUGACCGCAAGGACAAGCAGGGCAAGGAGGAGAAAUUCACAUUGAAGAUGCUGCAUGUGCGCAACCCCCACCGCACCAACGAGUGGUUCGGGCGCUUCCACGAUGAUGACUGGGAGACCUGGAACAAGUACCCUGAGGCGCUCAAGGCGUGUGCCCACAAAGUCGGAGUGAAGGACAACGGCGUGUUCUGGAUGGAGUGGACGGAGUUCAAGCACGGUUUCAGAGACGUCGGCAUUUGCUUCGACAAGCAGAGCGAGGGUACCCGCUACACCGACAACUCCAAGGCUGCCAUCAAGGAGCACCAGGGGGUGAAAUUCGGCCAGGUGGGCUACCAGAAGUGGGAGGGCCUGUGAGAGGCUGGCAACGGCAAGCCCUGGUGAUUCAAGUCACGUUCUUUGAAGGAGCUGUGUUGUUCAGGGGGUUUUCGCACGACCACAUGUUUUCUGGUUCCGUACCGGAAGUUCUUUGUUUGCGUGUCCAGCGCCAUCAUGGCGACUUUUCCAUUUUGAAGGCCAAAAGCCAAGGCUUAUGUCAACGGUCAAAGGUCCUUUGGCAUCAGGCCCUGGCCGACCUCACAAGUCGUUGCCUGGCACUUUCCCUUGCAAGCUGUCGACUGUCUCCGCACAAGUCGCCUUUAGCACGAGUUGCCCUCCAAACAUUUGAGCUGUUCAGGUAUGUUCGC